UCAAGUGGAUUUUAAUUCUGAAUUACUACUUCAGGAUUUUUUUAUGAGAUGAUAGGAUCUGUCUGCGUGAUAAGGAUAGGUUAAAUAAUAGAGUCGGUACCUUGUGAAAACUAUUAUUCUAGUGUAGUGGGUUGUGUAAGUACCUCGUUCUCUGACUAGACAAAAUGGACUUUCUAUUCCUCGCACUUUUGACGGUCUUCGCCCUGUCUUUGAAAAGUAUGCUGCAAUGGUACCAAAGGAGAAAGAAGAUCUGGGACGGCAUUGAAAAAUUUGGAGGCGAAAAGUGGUACCCCAUUGUUGGUACCUGCCUGGAUGUAAUAACAGCACCAAGAAACAAAUUCUACGAAAUUUAUGCCGCCAGAAAUAAUAAGCAUGGUCCGAUUUUUAGAACAUGGAUGGGUUCUAUUCCCGCUGUCCACAUCAUGAAAGCCGAACAUCUCGAACCGGUCCUGAACAGCACCAGCAACCUCCGAAAGGGCGACUUCUACACGUUCAUCGAGCCCUGGCUGGCCGAAGGGCUCAUUUCCAGCUCAAACAUCAAAAAAUGGCACCAUCAUCGAAGGCUAAUAACACCGACCUUUCAUUUCUCCAUCCUGGACAAUAUGGGGGACGUCAUGAGCGAGAAAGCUCAACUCCUGGCUGAACUCCUCGAGAAAAAGGCCGAUGGGCAGUAUUUCGACAUCUACCCGUUUCUGACCCAUUGCGAGCUCGACAUCAUUUGCGAGACCGCCAUGGGAGUUGAAGUCAACGCGAUGAAGGACUCGAACUCGGAAUAUGUCCGGGCUGUUUACGGGAUACUAGACAUAAUGCUGUACCGCAUGUUCCACCCCUAUCUGCAUCCAGAUUUCAUAUUCAAGCUAUCAUCCAGAGGCCGCCAGCAGAAGAAGUACCUGUCAAUUCUGCAUGGCUUCACCAGAAAGGUGAUACAAGAAAGAAAAGAGAAACUAACAAGUGGGGAAAACGUCAUGCAGGAACUGAGCGAAGAGGACAAAUUGUUGGGGAAAAAGAAGCGUCUGGCCUUCCUCGACCUCCUGCUCCAGGCAAACGAAAAAAGCGAGAACAGACUGGCCGACGAGGAGCUCCGGGAGGAAGUCGACACCUUCAUGUUCGCCGGUCACGACACGUCCACGGUCACCGUGAGCUGGACGCUGCUCACGCUGUCGAACCACCCCGAGUACCAGGAAAAGGUCCAUCAAGAACUGGACGAGAUUUUCCAGGGGGAGGACCGGCCGAUCACGCCGCAAGACGUACUCAAGAUGCAAUUUCUGGACAAGGUGAUUAAGGAGAGCCAGAGGGUCAUUCCGGUCGUGCCGACCAUCGCCAGACAGCUGGAUCACGACGUAAAAAUCGGCGAGCACGUGAUUCCUGCCGGCGUGAUGCUGGUCAUGCACCUCUCCUGCCUGCACAAAGACCCCGAGCACUACCCGGACCCGGAACGUUUCGACCCUGACCGCUUCCUUCCGGAAAAUAUCGCCAAACGACAUCCUUACUCCUUCAUCCCGUUCAGCGCCGGCCCCCGGAACUGCCUAGGUCAGAAGUUCGCUAUGAGGAACACGAAAAUACUCCUAGCUGCGAUUCUUAGAAAGUACAAAGUCAGAUCCGAAAAGAAGAUAAGCGAAAUGAAAUACAACCUGGAAAUUGUUCUUAGACCGCAAGGAGGACUGAAAGUCGCGCUGGAGCUGAGAAACAAAUGACACUUUUGAUCUUCCCUUGUCCGUUGUAAUUGAUUACUGUGUAACUGUUUAUUUAUUGUAGUU